AUGGGAGAAAGGUCACGUAAGAGACAGAAAGUGAUUGACGAUGAGGAGUCACAGGCCGAGAAAGUCGCCGAGGCGGCAGAAGAAUUAUUAAAGAAACAUCCGCAUGCCAGUUUAAGACAAGAGCUAGUACAUCAUGAUGCAGGCGAGUUCAAUGGACUCGUACGUCAUCAAACAACAUCUAAAGAUGCUGAGAGGUUGGAAAAUGGGCCCAAGAAUCCAUUUACUGGUGAAGGUUUCUCGCAAACCUACUACAAGAUCCUUGAAACAAGACGUAAUUUACCGGUUCAUUCUCAACGUGAAACAUUUUUGAAAAUUUUCCAUUCAACACAAAUAAUGGUUUUUGUAGGAGAGACUGGGUCGGGUAAAACUACUCAAAUUCCACAAUUUGUGUUGUACGAUGAAAUGCCACAUUUAACCGGUAAACAAGUUGCUUGUACGCAGCCUAGAAGAGUUGCAGCAAUGUCGGUUGCCCUGAGAGUAGCUGAUGAAAUGGAUGUUGAAUUGGGUGAAGAAGUCGGUUAUAGUGUUCGUUUCGAACACAAGAAUGGACCAAAGACUAUACUAAAAUAUAUGACUGAUGGUAUGUUGUUAAGGGAAGCGAUGGAUGAUCACGAUUUAUUGAGGUACUCAUGUAUAAUACUAGAUGAAGCACAUGAGAGAACAUUGGCAACGGAUAUUUUGAUGGGGUUGAUCAAACAAGUUAGUGUAAGGAGACCAGAUUUGAAGAUUAUCAUUAUGUCGGCUACUUUAGAUGCUGAAAAAUUUCAAAGUUAUUUCAAUGACGCGCCAUUAUUAGCCGUUCCUGGAAGAACCCACCCAGUAGAGCUUUAUUAUACACCCGAGUUCCAAAGAGAUUAUCUUGAUGCUGCAAUACGAACAGCUUUGCAAAUUCAUGCUACAGAAGAUGAAGGGGAUAUUUUAGUGUUUCUUACUGGUGAAGAAGAAAUCGAAGAAGCUUGCAGAAAAAUACAAUUGGAAGGAGAUGCUCUUAUCAGAGAGCAGAAUUGUGGUCCGCUAAAAGUAUACCCAUUAUAUGGUUCACUACCACCUCAACAACAACAGAAAAUUUUUGAUCCUGCGCCAGUUAAUCCGAACCCAAAAGGUAAACCAGGUAGAAAAGUUAUUGUAUCCACAAACAUUGCAGAAACCUCCUUAACAAUUGAUGGUGUAGUUUAUGUUGUUGACCCGGGAUUUUCCAAGCAAAAAGUGUACAACCCAAGAGUUAGAGUUGAAUCAUUGUUGGUGUCUCCUAUUUCAAAAGCAAGUGCUCAACAGAGAGCAGGUAGAGCAGGUCGUACAAGACCGGGAAAAUGUUUCCGCUUAUAUACAGAGGAAGCGUUCCAAAAGGAAUUGAUUCAGCAAUCUUACCCGGAAAUUCUCCGAUCAAAUUUAGCGUCAACAGUGUUGGAGUUAAAGAAAUUAGGUAUUGAUGAUUUAGUCCAUUUCGAUUUUAUGGAUCCUCCGGCUCCUGAAACCAUGAUGAGAGCAUUGGAGGAGUUGAAUUACCUCCAGUGUCUAUCAGAUGAUGGAGAUCUCACAGCACUUGGUCGUUUGGCGUCACAUUUCCCAUUAGACCCAAUGUUAGCCGUUAUGCUUAUAGGAUCACCUGCUUUCAAAUGUUCGGAGGAGAUAUUGACUAUAGUGGCAAUGUUGAGCGUUCCUUCUGUGUUUGUGCGGCCGGCAUCUGCAAGACAGCGUGCCGAUGAAGCCAAGUUUUCCUUUGCUCAUCCUGAUAGUGAUCACUUGACUUUGAUUAAUGUUUAUGAAGCUUUUGAAAACACGCCCCAGGAGUUGGGAAUAUCACAACACCAAUGGUGUCGAGAUAAUUUCCUCAAUUAUAGAUCUUUAAGUUCAGCAAGAAGUGUUCGUUUUCAACUACUGAAUAUAAUGGAGAGAAAUGAUUUGGAGCUUGUGUCUCAAUAUAACCAAAUUCCUGAUGGAUUAUAUUGGGAAAACGUCAAAAAGGCCCUAGUUGGAGGGUUUUUUAUGCAAGUGGCUAAAAGGAAAAGUGGUGCUAAGGGGUAUCUUACAGUUAAGGAUAAUCAAGAUGUUCUUAUACAUCCUAGCACCGUUGUGGUAAAAGAAGGCGAAUGGUUGAUAUACAACGAAUUUGUAUUGACAAGUAAGAAUUAUAUUAGAACUGUUACAGUUGUAAACCCUGAAUGGUUGGUUGAAAUUGCACCAAAAUAUUAUAAUUUGGAGCAUUUUCAAAAAGGCGAUGUUAAAUUAAGUUUGGAAAGGGUGAUCCAAAGUGUUGAACGCAAGAAAGGGAUCAAGAAGAAACAAGCUUAG